CAGGUUACUGACCCAAUGAAUGUCUCUGAGCCAGAUUCCAGCUUUGCUUUGGUAAGAGAAUUUAUACUCCUAGGUUUUUCCUGUGAGUGGAAGAUUCAGAUCCUCCUCUUCUUACUCUUCACCACAACUUAUGCUCUGACCAUAACAGGGAAUGGGGCCAUUGUUUGUGCUCUAUGGUGUGAUCAGCGACUCCAUAUCCCCAUGUACAUAUUCCUGGGGAGUUUCUCCUUUCUAGAGAUCUGCUAUGUCUCUUCUACAGUCCCCAAGAUGUUGGUCAACUUCCUCUCAGAUAAGACCAUCUCCUUUGCUGGAUGUUUCCUCCAGUUUUAUUUCUUUUUCUCUUUGGGAACAUCUGAAUGUUUCCUUUUAGCUAUCAUGGCCUUUGAUCGAUACCUUGCUAUCUGCUGUCCCUUGCACUACCCUAAUAUCAUGACUGGGCACCUCUGUACCAAAAUGGUCAUUACUUGCUGGGUUUGUGGAUUUCUGUGGUUCCUUAUCCCCAUAGUUCUCAUUUCUCGGAUGCCUUUCUGUGGUCCAAACAUUAUUGACCAUGUUGUAUGUGACCCUGGGCCACUAUUUGCACUGGUGUGUGCCUCUGCCCCAACAAUCCAACUGCUUUGCUACACUCUAAGCUCAUUAGUUAUCUUUGGUAACUUCCUCUUCAUCCUUGGGUCCUAUACUCUUGUUCUAUUAGCUGUGUUGAGUAUGCCUUCAGCCAUUGGGAGACAUAAGGCCUUCUCUACCUGUGGGUCUCAUUUGGCUGUGGUAUCACUGUUCUACGGCUCUCUGAUGGUCAUGUACGUGAGCCCAGGACUUGGACAUUCUGCUAGAAUACAGAAAGUCACAACUUCGUUCUAUGCUAUGGUGACCCCACUCUUCAACCCCCUCAUCUAUAGCCUCCGGAAUAAGGAGAUAAAGGCAGCCCUGAGGAAAGUUCUGGGGAGUUUCAACAUAAUCUAA